UUCGGGUCGAGCUCGAGACGAUCUUAAUGGAGUCGCGCUCGUCUUGAUUGAUGCCCAGCCCUGCAGUGCACAACAGUGUUGAAAUAAGCCAGGUUCGAUCUGAACUGGGAUUUCAACUUGCAGUAGAGGCGAAUCGUCAAUCGGCCGCAGUGUGAUAUGGCGGACGGACGGGAGGGAGAAGAGCGAGACGAGCUGGCGGAAUCCCUCAACGACCUGUUCACCAACCUCUCCUCCAUGGUCAAGUCUGAGCUCCAGGGAACAGGAAACCUUCUACAGCUUUUGGAGAAAAUGAACCUUAAAGUGGCCGAAGAAUACCAAAAUUUUGGAGACAUUGCUUCAGGAUUGAGAGUGUUUGUGGAGCAAUUGAAGGCAAAAAAUGGCAGCUUCCAUGAGUAUGUUCAGCAGAUAGAUUCCAUUGAACGGCAAGUGACAGAAUUUGAAGCUAUUAUCUCGAUGCUUGACAACUAUGUUCGUUUGCUAGAGACAAAGGUACGAUCUGCAUAUCAAGAUGUGCAACCUAAAACUAUCAAUUAGAUGGUUGAGGCAGGCACGUUACCUGACCAGGGAAGCUAAACGCCGAUAUUUGAUCCUCAAUACAAUUCAACCCUAUAGGAGAGGCAGAUUUCAAUCCUUUGAGAAAAUCAAGUCCCGCACCAAGUUCUUCUAUAGAUCACAUGAAAGCAGAACCAGCAGCUUUAUCAUUGGGGCCUGAUCUGUUAAGAAACUUGAUUUUUUUCUCCUAUGGAAAAUGUUAUCAUUAUCUCUUGACGAAGAAAAGAUGUUCUCUAUUGGAAAUGCAUGUUUCUGCUCAUGGCAGAACUUACCUAUCUUAAGCUGUAUAAUCAUCUUCCAUGAUCUUCAUUUUUUCGUAUAAUCAUAUUCCAUGAUCUCCAUUUUUCCGUAUAA